AUGCCAAGUGAUAACGCAGUUGUUGGAAGGAUGAAAAAGAAAGGUUUUGCGAGAAGUACACCUGCUAAGGAUUGUAAUAAAUCCUCCGAAGCAAGUGGUGAAAGGAAAAAACCAAGAAGUCUAAAUGUGUUACUUUUGAGGAGUAUGAGUGGGUCAAAGAAAAACAAUGAAAAGGAAAAUUUUGGUGUGCAAAUGGAAGAAAAAGAAAAUAUUGUAAAGAGAAAAAAGGUAGUGAAUGAUGCACAUUCAAAGAAAUAUACAAAGAGAAAGAAGGGAAAAAUAGGGCAUGAAAAUGUUAAUAUCAAAACAAAAGAGCAGAAGGUUAGAAAGGUAAGCAAGGACCAUCUAGAAGGGUAUAGAACACUUGCAACUAGGAUGACUCCUAGUAGGAUUAGUGCAACUGUCAAAGUAAUGUCCCCUGCACAGAAAACUGGGAUUGUGUGUAUGGGUUUUGGUUCACUUCUGAACAUUGGCAUGGACACUGCUCCAGAAUUACUUAACUACUAUUUGUUAGAUCACUAUGAUCCGGAUGGUAGCCAUCUAGUUCUGGAGAAUAUGGUCAUAACAAUUACGAAAGACACAGUGCAUGACAUGUUGGGUUUACCAAAUGAAGGGGAAGACUUCUUGAGCAUGACUAGUUGUGAGAAAGAUAAUCAAGUUCUGCAAGAAUGGAAAAGUCAAUAG